AUGACGAUGGAACCAGCAUUGUACAGCACAUGGACGGAAUCAAGCUCAGGCAAGCCCAACAUUCACUCCAAUAUGUUCGAUCAAAUUCCUAUCGCUUCCAUGUCGCCACCCUCAGCACCAUCAGACGAUGAUGUCUCCUACUCGUCUUCCUCGGCGGAAAAGACUUGGGAUGAGCCAAGCGCGCUCUUCCACCUCGACUUCUCGUCUCAUGAGCCAACAUCGGGAAAUAUGGAAUCAGCUCUCUUCGCGCCACCCUUUGAUGAGCCUCCGACACCCUUUGUCCAAGACAGAGUCGCGGGCACACCUCAUGGCAGCAUCAACCCGCAAGUGCUCAUGCCCAAGAUCAAGGAUGAGCCUGAUGACGAAGAAUCAAAGGCCCUUGAGCUCACGCUCAAACUUCAGAAGAGUGACUCCUCGCAUACAUCCACCUCCUUCACAGCAUUUACGCCCAUGCGGCUCGAUGCGUCCGAUACCUCGUCUGUGGAUAUCAAGCCCAUCAUAUCAUCUGCGCGUCUAAAGAGCCCCUCUCCUGACCUGGAUCAGGAGAACCUCCGACCUUCCCCUGAGGAAUACAGCAGACUGUCAAGUAAGGAAAAGCGGCAGCUGCGAAAUAAGAUCAGUGCAAGAAACUUCCGCAAUCGCCGGAAAGAGUAUAUUACGCUGCUCGAGGAGAAACUUCAUGAGCGCGAUUCGAUGAUUAAACAGCUCCAGCAUCAAUUGUCGUCCCUUCGCCUAGAAAAUGGUGCCCUGCAUGAAGAACUCAAGGUCCAGCGGUCACGUCCCGUGUCCACGGUGGAUGUGUCCAAGCUUAUCAACGCACUGCAACGAAACGCUCACUCUCCGUCGUCGAGGGCAUCAUCGCCCGACGCGCUGGAUGGAGCGCGGCCGUCCUGCUCGUCUCCGUCUAACUUCGCGCUUUCCAACAAGGAUACCCACGUCUCGAGUGGACGACCUGACUCGCCAUCUAAUGGUGCCUGUUGGAACCGCCUGGCACAUAUGGCCAUGGUCGCCUAG